GGUGACCGGGGAGAGAAAGGUGACCGGGGUGAGCAGGCAGACGUGGUGGAGGGCAGCCUGAUGGGCCUCCCUGGCGAGCGUGGUCCCAUCGGACCUAAGGGAGUGAAGGGUGAGGGUGGCCCACGGGGCGAGCGAGGGGAGCCCGGUGAGAAAGGCAGGGAUGGCACCCCGGGCCUUCCGGGUGAGAGAGGGCUGGCCGGCCCCGAGGGGAAGCCGGGCUUGCCAGGCUUCCCCGGCGUGCUGGGACGCCCGGGCAACCAGGGAGACCCAGGACCCCCAGGACCUCCGGGCAGCACUGGCCCCCCAGGGACCCAGGGCCCAGCUGGGGCCAAGGGCUUGCCUGGUCCCCAGGGCAAUGUGGGGCUGCCCGGUUCCCCCGGGCCCCCGGGGCCGGGGGGCCCACCGGGUGUCCCUGGGCAGCCAGGACAAGUGCCCUGCUCUUCCUGCCCACAGGGGGAGAGCGGGAAGCCGGGCGUGCCAGGCAGGGAUGGCAUGCCAGGGAAGGAUGGCGAGGCCGGGAUGCCCGGGAAGAUGGGCGUGCCAGGACCUUCAGGCCCUGCCGGUCCCAAGGGAGCGCCAGGGGAUGCCGGAGCCCCGGGGCCGGCCAUUGCUGGCCCCCCCGGUGCCAAAGGCGAGAAGGGCGAGAUGGCGCUGCUGGAGGGUGUGCUGCUGGGAGAACCUGGCUCCAAGGGUGACCGAGGCUUGCCCGGCCCCAAGGGCGAGAAGGGUGACAUCGGUUUGCCAGGACCACCAGGACCCCCAGGCUUAGCAGGCAUCGCUGGGACACCGGGACAGCCUGGCCUGAGAGGGGACAACGGGCGGCCUGGCCCACCGGGUCCCCCAGGAGAGAGG